UCAAUCUUCGAAUCCUGCUUUCGGCAAUCGGUUGUCUCGAGAAAGAAAAGAAGCGAAAAUCAGACGCGAAGAUGGGAAUGACGAGAGGCCAUUCUAUCGCAGCCAUUUCUAUUGGUACUCUGCAGUUAUUGUUUUCCAUUGCUUUGAUCAUUCCCUCUUUCGUUCUUUCGAGUUAUAGCAACCAAUACGACGUCAACACAUCCAUGACGCCAUAUUGGAGUGGGUUUCCGUUCUUUCUCUGUGCAAUUUUUGGCAUUUGUGGAGGUGUUACCAAGAACCAUUGUUGUAUGGUUGCAUUUUUGGUCUUCAGCAUUAUUGUCACAGUCAUUUCUGCAAUAGCGUCGAUUGUUGUCACUAUAGCUCUGACCGUUAUAGGUGAUGUUUAUGAUUGCUCAUAUGGUAACAGUUAUGGAGGUAUGUUAGACUCUACCAUUAUUUUGGGCUGUGUUACAACUUGCUGUGCCCCACCUGAUCCCCCCAUGGUGGUUAUUGCUCAGCCAACAAUGGCCCCCACUGGUGUGGUGGUAUCUCAUUCAUCCAUGCAGGUUAGCGGAGGGGCUCCAAUGGCCUACCCCCAGGGUGGUUACCCUCUGGGUGCUUACCCUCAGGGUGCUUACCCUCAGGGUGCUUACCCUCAGGGUGCUUACCCCCAGGGUACUUCUACUGGACAGGCCAUGUUCACAGAAGAAACAGCACAGACUCACGACAAGGCUCCCUUGGUUGUGUAAACUGUCAUCACAGUUUAUUACAUUAGUUUGAUAUUUCCUUUUUUCUAGGUUAAAUUUGUUGUAAGUUUCAGUGCAUAGUUGGCAUCUUACUCAGUGUGCAGUCAUAAACUAAAGAAUUAGAGCCCUUUGUUAUCUUUUCACAAAGAAAAAUUGAUUCAAAAUAUUUUUUUAUGAAGAAUGAUUCCAGUUUGUUAUGGCAGACGGAUAUUUUCCUCUCCAUUG